AGCUCUGUGUGUGAUCCAGACUCCUACAUCAUUCCACCAUGUCUACUCCACUCGACAAUGCGAUGAGAUCCAAGAAUUUACUGCUCGGCUUCGGAGCUGUCGUGACCGCAGCAGCAGCUUGGACCAUCUUUGGCGGCGACAUUUUCCCAGCUCAAGAUGACCCCAAAGGCGAUCCAGAAACCUGGACCAGAGAAGAGAUGCGAAGAUGGCUAAAGGCAAGAAACCUCUUCCCGCAUAAGAGGGAUACCCGGGAGGAGCUGCUCGCAAGGGUGUUGGCAAAUAUGAGGCAUCCCAGGACAUGA